UUAUAAACAAUGAACAACGCAGUAACAAUAUAAAAAAAGUGACACCAAAAAAUUAAGUGAUAAAUUAAUAAUAAUAAAACAAAAAUGUAUCUUCUCGCAAAAUUAAUCCAAAAUAAACAGCUGAAAUUGUUGCUCCGAAAUUGUUCAACUGCGGCAAAAGCAAACAAAAAAUACGCGGGAGAGCUUGAGCUCCUGGGGAAAAAAUACACCACCGACGACUGGACAAAUUUAACUCCGAAAAUCAUCUCCAAGCUGGACAAGAACCUGCACACGAGGCAGUACCACCCUCUGUCGCAUGUCAGACAGAAAAUAGUGAACUAUUUCUACAAAAACUUCAGGAACAAGUGCGGGAACCCGACCUUCAGCGUCUGCGACAAUCUGCCGCCAGUGGUGAGCGUGUACCAGAACUUUGACUCGCUGCUGAUCCCCAAGGACCAUGUCAGCAGGAGUAAAGACGACUGCUAUUAUGUCAACAGUGAGACUUUGCUGAGAGCACACACGACUGCUCACCAGGUAGAGCUGAUAAAAAUGGGCCUGGACAAUUUUUUAGUUGUGGGUGAUGUCUAUCGCAGGGAUGAAAUUGACUCGACCCACUACCCGGUUUUCCACCAGGUCGAUGCUGUAAGACUUUGUGUGCGCGAAGAAGUUUUUAAGAAUGUUUGUAGUUCUGAGAGCUUGCAGCUGUUUGAAGUUAAGGGAAAGGAAAGUGAGGAUAAACAGGCGGUGCAUACUCUUGAGGCGGUAAAGAUUAUGGAGCAUGAGUUGAAGACUGUUUUGGUUGGUCUUGCUCAGGCGCUUUUUGGCUCAGGAAUAAAAUAUCGCUGGAAAGACGAGUACUUUCCAUUCACUCACCCAUCCUGGGAGCUGGAGGUCUUCUACAACGACCAAUGGAUAGAAGUCCUGGGUUGUGGACUCAUCAGGCAUGAGAUUCUCAAAAACUCAGGAGUGAAUGACCGCAUUGGUUGGGCCUUUGGACUUGGGCUAGAGAGGCUUGCUAUGUGCUUUUAUGAUAUCAAGGACAUCAGGUUGUUCUGGAGCGAGGACUCGGGAUUCUUGAACCAGUUUAGGUUUGAUGAUCCCGAUACGCCGGUCAAGUACAAGCCAAUCAGUAUUUACCCACAACUAGCAAAUGACAUCAGCUUCUGGCUUCCAGUAGACACAGAGUACUCGUCAAAUGACUUCUACGACCUGGCUCGAGAGCAUGGAGGCGAUAUAAUCGAACAGAUUAAAUUGAUAGACCAGUUCACGCACCCCAAGACUAAAAAAGUCUCACAUUGCUACAGAAUUAUCUAUAGACACAUGGAGCGUACGCUAACGCAAAAAGAAGCCUCUGCUGUACAUAGAAAAAUCCAAGAAGCUGCUGCUAGUGAAUUAAAAGUUGAGCUUCGUAUUAAAUAAUUUACUCACCUCAUAUAUAUAUUAUGUAUAAAUAAAUAAUGUAAAAAUAACAG